GUGAUAUCAUUACGUUAUACAUUAAUAAGACACAGGGCACCAGUUAUAACAAUAUGUCAAUUAUCUUCUUGGAGAUGCUGUGCUCUUUGAACUGAAUAGUCAACUAAAGAAGUCUUCAUUGACCUUUUAUAUAAUAAAGAUUGGUAUUUUGGUGGAAAAAUUAACUUUAACAGUAAAUGUUAUAAUAAACAAAAGUAACUGAGUUAUAAAAUUCAUCCGUGUUACAAGACAAGAAAAAAACGAAGUACGCCACAGUAUCUGUUCAUUGGUAACACUAUCUAUUCUGUAGUGAAGGUCUGAAACGAUCGACUGAUAUAUGAAAAAUGAACAAUCAAGUUUGAGACAAUUGAUUGAAGUAUUCGCUGUAUGAUUCUCAGAUUUUAUUAAAUUAUUCUGUAUUCCGUGUUGUCGUUCGCUGCAAUUCCACAGUAUGACAGUUAGUAACAACAAAUAAUGCUUAAUAAUAGAUAGCUUUUGGAUGAACAGGCCAUAUCACAACAAAUGCUGUGGUGUGUGCUACUGAUAUCGACAGAUAUAAGUAGUAUGUAUCAUCAGUAGAAAGUGAAAUGUCGCUGAGACUAUAAUUUAUGGAAAACCUUUGACCGACACUGAAGUGAGAAUGAACUUCUACUGAUAAAGGUUAAAUGAGGAUUAGAAAUUAGAUUUAUGCUUUUUAUCAUGAAAUGAUAUCAACUAUAAUACCAAAACUCUAUUUAGCCAAAUGGGUAGAUGAAUUGCACACCAAAAUUCAUAACUCGUUAUCUUAUAUUUGAUUGGUCCGUUCAUGAUUUAUAGUCUCGUUGAAAUGUCUGGUGGAAGAAGAUUAAGCUGAUGGAAGAAAAGAGAACGAGGACAAAGAAAGGUGAGUAUGGAAAUCAAAGAACAAUCAAGUUCGAGACGAUGGAUUGAUAUUUUGUAAAUGAAGUAUUCCAUGUAUAGUUCUUAGAUUUUACCAAGAUGUUCUGUCAUUUUGUAUUUCAAUACAUUCGGUUUUUGCCGCUUUUAUUCUCGUUCACUACAAUACUACAUCAUCACAUAUCAUGUGUUUUUUUUCGUUUGGCUUACCAGUAUCAAAUAAGAAAUUCGUAACCGUUCUAGAAUUCAUCACUGAUCAUUGAAAUCCGUUUCAGUUGUGAGGUAGUAUGUCAAUUAUGACAAUGGUGGAUGUGCCGCUCAAUUUCGUGAAUUAGUUGAAGUUAGACAUUAACACCAUUAAAUGCCGGCCGACACUGAUAGCUCCUGUGUUCGAAUCCCGCGAGGCAGGGUCGUGGAUGCGCACUGUUGAGGAGUCGCACAAUAGGGCGAAACGGUCGUUCAUUGCUUCCAGGUUUUCCAUAGUGGUCAAGCUUCAAUUGAUUCAUGAUCUCAACUGUUGAAAUUACAUACAUACAUACCAUAUAAAUAUACAUAUCCCUGGUUAUUUAUUAUUACAUGAAUUAGCCAAUCAAAUAAUUCAACCAAUCAUAAGCUUAGAUUAUUUUCCCAUUUAUUUGUGUCUUAUAUUUAAACAUAUGAUUUUCUAAUAAAUGAAAUGAAUGAAUUACAUAUGACCCAGAAACAAUACCAAUGGAUUAUUGAUAUUAUUAUUAAAACAACCUAAGCAACAAUAGAUUAGGUUUACUGUAAAUGUAGUUAUCAAAUAUGACAAUUGAUGGAGUCUACUUUGAUACCAAUGAAGGUAUACCGUCAUAUAUACAUAAAUGCAAUACCUCUAUUCCAUGUACAUCCAUAUAUUACUAUAAGUAUUGACUGAGUAUAAAUAAAGAUAAACCGUAAUUUGUAUGGAUCAAAUCAUUAGGAUAAUGUGGAUAUCUUUAUUAUUAUUUACUGGUCAAAAUUAUACUGAUGCUGAUAAACUAGUUCAAUCUUCAUUAUCAACAUCAUACAUUAUGAAAAAUGCACAAUAUUCUACUUAUAAUCAUACAGUUACACAAGGUGAACAAAUCACAUUACAUUGUAUACCAGAUCUUAAUACAAAUUUCAUUAUAUGGUACUUUACACCAAUGAUUAUAAUGAGAGAUAAUCAUUUCAAAGGAUUAUCAAUAUCUAAUCGAAAUGAUUCAUCUAUUAAUGAAACUAUUAUGGAAACUAUUGAACUAGCAGUUUGUAAACCUAAUGUAACAUGCAAAGAACAAAUUCAUUUGAUUGAUAUACAAGUACAUUCAAAUGGAAUUUUAACAAUAAUUAAUGUUCAAUCAUAUCAUAGUGGUAAUUAUCAAUGUGCAAUGUUAGCUGGUGUUAAUACAGUAACAAUGAAUAGAUAUUUAAUUGUUCAAACUCCUCCGGCUAAACCUUCUAUUACAGUUAACAUACAAAUGACUGAUGAAAAAUUAUAUGAAUUAAGUAAAGAAUCAAAUAAAGAACCAUAUUUUAUUGAAGGUGAAUAUCUUAAUUUAUUAUGUCAAAGUGAAAAAGGAUUACCUUCACCUCAAAUAUUUUGGUCAUUUCUUCCAAUACAAAAUACAACUAUAACUUCAAUGAAAUUGGAAACAUUACAUGAUAUAAAUUUCAAUAUAAAAGACUCAUUAAAGACAAUUGAAAACACAAGAUCAUCAGUGUAUUUUCCAACAAAUACUCCUUAUGGAAAUACAUCCAGUCAUUUUCGACUGAAGGUAUCCCGGUCACAUGAUGGUAUGCAAAUUAUAUGUAAAGCUGUGAAUAGAAUAGGUGCAAGUAUAUCAGAACCAUAUAAAAUCUCUGUAAGAUAUGCUCCAGUAAUUUUACAGUUUUCCAACGAACCUUGGAUUGUUUUAUACGAAGAACCAAGUACUAUUGUUUGUCAUGCUAUAGGAAAUCCUACACCAUCUAUAUAUUGGAUAGAUCAACAUGGUCAAAUAAUAUCAAAAACAGAACAAUUAAAUUCAGCUGUAUUCAAUAAAAUUCUGAUAAAAGAUGAAUUGGGUAAAUUUACCAAAGAUAAUUGGACAAUAAAUGUUACAUGUACAGCGGAAAAUAUUAUGGGAAGUAUAGAAAAGUCAUUAAGAAUUGAAUUUUAUUUUGCUCCAAUAAUUAAAACAACUGGUGUUGUCUAUACACGUCAUAGUGAAUCAGUUCGUUUAUCAUGUGAUGCUAUCUCUAAUCCACCACCAAUGAAUGUCUUUUGGUAUCGUAAAUCGAACAAGAUCACAUCCAAUUUGAUGAAGUCAAAACAUGUUAACCAUAAUGAUCUAUUUAGAACGAUGAAUAGUGUAACUAAAUAUUCAUCUAAUUAUAAUAGAAGUAAAGAUAGAUUACAUUGGUUAAGUCCAAUGCUUCAAAUUAAUUCAGUUACAAUAGAUGAUGCUGGUAUUUAUGUAUGUGCAGCUGAAAAUACAAUUAAAUUAAAGAAUAAUGAACCAUUUGUUUAUCGUAGAGAAAGUGAAACACAAUUAUUAGUUUACUAUUCACCCGGUAAGCCAACAAUUCAGAAAACUUCAAAUCCGCAAACUGAUGAAAACAUAACUGUAAUAUUACAAUGUAAUAUGAAUGCUAGACUCCCUGGACUUCCAAUUCCUUCGAUCGAAUGGUUAUGGAGUUCAAAUUCUUGUAAAACAAAAUCAUCAGAUUUAAUUACUCCAAUACCAUUUAAACCGAAAUUUUCAAAUAAUAAAGAUCAAUUAUUAAUCAAUUUAACGGAUACAUUUGUCGAUGGUUUUUAUUAUUGUCUAGUACAAAAUGAUUAUGGUAAUGCAAUAAGUGAUCCAGUCAGUAUUACAGUGCAAGAAGAACCACAAAUAAUUGAACAACCAAAUAUUGAUAAUGUAUUAAAUCCAUCUUUUAAUUCAAUUCCUACACCUUAUCUUCGUUGUGUUGCUCAUGGUAAACCUGCACCACAAGUUAAUUGGUUUCAUGAUAAUUCCAUUAUUCGUACAACAUCAGCUACUAUGAAUUCUAUUACGCUAAGAACCUUAAAUGAUAUUCAUUGUUCAUGGAGGAAGAUUUUGACUACUGUUAAAUGUAUUGAAUAUGAAACUGGUUCAUAUACAUGGGAGACAACAAGUGAAUUAAUAUGGGGUUAUAAUGAAUCAUUAAAUAAUAUACAAACUAAAUGUCAGUCAUUUCAUAUUAUGAAUGAAGGAAGUUAUACAUGUCAAGCAAUCAAUAAUUUCGGUUAUGAAUACUCAAACCCGGUGCAUAUAAUUUUAAAAUAUCCACCCAUUUUAUUACAUCAAUCUAUAAUAAAACAAAUAAUUCCUUAUCAACAAUCGCCACAGCAACUACAUAAACAUUUCAUCAAUUCAACACUCAUUUCAAAAAAAUCAUUUUUUCAAAAUCAUACACAGAAAUUAACAUGUUUUUUUAAAGCUAAUCCACCCCCUAAUAAAAUUAUUUGGUAUUAUAUAACAUUUCAAACAUUUGAUAGAUAUUUAAAUAGUUUUCAUAAAAAUCAAUAUAUGAAAUCAUUAUGUCAACAACAACAACAACAAAUACCUCAUGAUCAAUUAACAUUAGUUGCUAUGCAGAAAAAAAAUCAAUUAAAUGAUAAUCAAAAUAAUAAAACUAAAACUGUUCAUAUUGAAUUAUACACAGGAAAUAAAGUGAAAUCAAUUUUGAAAGAUUAUUAUGUUACUAUGAAUGUUACAUAUAUGGAUUCAUUAUAUUUAACUAAUUUAGUUUGGAAGGAAUUCAAUCCUGUGCUUAAAUUUGGUGUUUAUUUAUCUUAUAUUAUAAAUGAUGAAGGUUGUCAACAAUGUAUGGUCCUAUUACAAAAUUAUAGUACACCUGAAACUCCAAAAAAUAUUGAAGUAAAAGAAAUUACAUGGGAUAAAUUAACACUUAGUUGGAUUCCUGGAUUUGAUGGUGGUUAUGAACAAACUAUUGUUAUACAAUUUUUAAAAGUUUUACAUAAAGAUCAAUUAACUACAGUAAAUAAUCUUCCAAAAUCAGUGUUCAUCAAUCAUGUACCAAGAUUACCAAUAUAUCAACAAUGUCAAAUAUCAGGUUUAACACCAAAUACCAUUUACACAUUUGUAAUUUAUGGAAAAAAUUAUUUGGGACAUGGUAAACGAUCUAAAGAAUAUACAAUUACUACUAAAGAACUUAUCUUCCCAAAAUUGAAUAUAAAUUACAAUCAAAUUAAUUUCAUUCAAUUAAACUUUUCACAUAGAAAUGAUUCACAAUUAUUUUGUAUCAAAACUGACUACUUACAAAUUAAUCAUAGAAAUUGGUCAACAUUCAUAGAUACAUGUCAAUCAUCAAUGGAUCAUAACAGAUUCAUAAUAUCAAAGAAUAAAGAAAUUUCAAUGGAUUACAUUGAAAUAGAUCCAUUCAUCAUCAUCAAUAAUAAUAAUAAUAAUGGAGGUCAUAUUGAUUCUAAACUGCAGUUACGUCAUCCUGUAAAAACAAAUCCAACUCUAAUACAACAUAAUCUUGAUGAUGAUGUUGACGAUGAGGAUGAUGAUAAUAGUAAAAUAGAAUAUGCACAAGCAAAUUCAGAUGAUCCAAAUCCAUUGAAAGUAAUGAAAAAAUCAAAAAAAUAUAAUUAUAAACAAUCAUUGAUAUUACAUAAUUUAACCCAAAAUGACAACUUUUCAAAUCAAUCAAUUCACGGUGGGCAUAAUAAUCAAUCAUCUCUUGGUGUGAAACUUCAAAAGGACCAACAUAUUGCUUAUCGUAUAUGGAUAUGUGUACGAAAUCAGACAGAUAUUUGUCAUGAAGAAAAAUUAUUCUCUGAAAAUUCUCUAUUUAACUCAAAUCUUUCACAUUUCAAAAGUAAUUUAGGUUGGAUGAUAAUUGUAAUUCUUAUAGUGUCUGUUAUUAUUUGUAUAAUCUUCAUGAUUCUUUAUGUAAAACGUCAUCAAUCCACAAAUAUACCAAAUAUUCCAUUAAUUCAUGAUAAAGAUAAAUUUUCAAUACAAUCUAAUCAUGAUCUAUUUGUAAAUAUGAAUAAAUUAAAUGGAUCUUUACCACAAUCCAAUCAGACUAUAUUGAAUCAUACACUAAAUGAAACCAAAAUGAAACUUUCCACAUCAAGUUUAACAAUAUCUGAAUCAACUCCUUCAACUAUUAUCCCUAUAACCUGUGAUAUUACAACUCAUAAUCCUAUACCAUUAUUAUCCAUGAAUUCAAAUUUACAUAAUUCUAUUGUAAAAUCAUCUACCAUUGAAUUAACACCAGCAAUUAUUGAAUAUAGGCCAACAACAAUGAAUUUAUGCCCAAAUUCAAUAAAUCAAUUCAAUAUGUCAUCAACAUGUUCAUUAAUUCCCUUAACAACUAAUAAUUUAUAUAGUAAUGAUAGUUUAUCAUCCAUUCCAAAAUGUAUUGUUGAUUCAUCAUCAAUUAUUAUCAUUCCAGCUAAAACAAUUAAUUUACAAUGUACAAAUGAAAUUUAAAUAGUUCAUCAGUUCCAUCGUUGUUUUUCUGUUUGUUUUUCAACAUCUCCUCAUCCCCCCUCCCGACUUCUUCCUUCCCCCUCCUCCCUUUGAAUAGAUUUAAUUAGAGAUUAAUUGAUGAUAAAUGGAAAGUAACAUUGGGUUUUUUUUUGUUUCUCAAAACGAUCAAUAUUCUGUAUAUUAUCAGAAGGGGUUUUAUGGAGAUUUUUAGAAAUUUUACUGGUUCAAAUCAUGAGUCAAUUGAAGAUAGACCACCGUGGAAAACCUGGAAGUACUGAAGGGCCAUUUCAUCUUAGUAUGGAACUCCUCAGCACUGAGCUUCCAAAUUUUCCAUGGUGGUUUAACUUCAAUUGACUUAUGAUUUCAACUAGUGAAAUCUGUAUAUUACCGAAAGAUUUUUUAACCAUAAAUGAACUAUUUUUUACAUUGAAUAAAUGAAACAAUCAUUUUGAUAAAUAUUUUUUAUUGAUAUUUUGAUUUUGUCUUUUGUUUGUUUAUUUUUCCAAAAAAAAAAUCAAUAAAUCAAUCAAUCAAUAAACAAUCAUUGGAAUGAUUGAAUUCUAUUUCAUUCAAGUUAUGUAAUCAAUCUAUUUAUCUCUCCAAUAUAGAGAAAGAUAAAGAUUUAUGUGUAAUGGUGGAAUUCUAUGUAUAUCUAUAAUGUAUAUAAAUGUAUCUGUGUAUGUGUGUAUAUGUGUACUUAAACUGUCAAUCAAAGAGUUCAUUUGCCUUUUAAUUUAUUUUAUCAUAUUUCAAAGUAUUUCCUGUCAAUUGGUUAUGUUAUUGAGAGGUUUUUAUCCUUAGAAACAUCGUUAUAUAAUUUACCUUUGUGGGACAGGGUAAUUUUACAUUGGUUUUCAAGAGAACCAGACACCAUCCGGACUUUCAC